AUUAUUCCGUUCCAUUAUUAUACACUUCUGUUGUGUGACAGCAUCGACAACGAUAUCUAAUGUUAUAAAUGCUACUAACAUAGGUUAGUGGGUGGAAAUAAUAUUGGUGAAGAAAGGUGAAGAUUAUUAUUAUUCCAGCGUUACUGGAACAUUACAACUGGGGUGUGUCAUAAUGAAGACUUUUUAUACAUUUUUGGCGUUCGCCUUUUUAUAUGCAGUUAAAAGUCAACGUACACCGACAAUAUCCUAUAUUUCCCAAGAGCAAAUUAAAGAUAUAGGUGAAACUGUAGAGUUCCGUUGUUCAGUUUUAUAUGCACCUGACUUUCCAGUUGUAUGGACAAAAAUUAAUAAAAACGUUGCUAAUGACCAAUUACCACUUUCGCAUGGUAGUACUUUAAUUAUAAGAGAUACUAGAUUUACCCUCAAAUAUGAUGAUGCCCUGUCUACCUUUAGAUUACAGAUAAAAGAUAUUCAAGAGACUGAUGCUGGAUUUUAUCAAUGUAAAAUUUUGAUAUCUUUGAAUAAUUAUGUAUCUGCAAAUGUUGAAUUGCAAGUUCGUAGACCACCUAUUAUUAGUGAUAAUUCGACCAGAGCUCUGGUUGUCACUGAAGGGCAGCCUGUGCAGCUUGACUGUUAUGCUGGUGGUUUUCCUACACCUAGAAUCUCAUGGCGUAGAGAAAAUAAUGCCAUCUUACCAACUGGUGGAUCAAUUUAUCGUGGCAACACAUUGAAAAUUUCUACAAUUCGUAAGGAAGAUCGUGGAACAUAUUAUUGUGUAGCUGAAAAUGGAGUAGGUCGUGGGGCUAGACGUAAUAUUAAUGUUGAAGUUGAAUUUGCUCCUGUCAUCACAGCACCAAGACCACGACUUGGUCAAGCCUUACAAUAUGACAUGGAUCUAGAAUGCCAUGUAGAAGCUUAUCCUCCACCAGCUAUCGUUUGGUUGAAAGAUGAUGUUCAGUUGUCUAAUAAUCAGCAUUAUAGUAUAUCACAUUUUGCAACCGCUGAUCAAUAUACUGAUACAACAAUUAGAGUGAUCACAAUUGAAAAAAGACAAUAUGGAGAGUAUGUGUGCAGAGCUGCUAAUAAAUUAGGAACUGCAGAAACAAGCGUUGAAUUAUUUGAAACUACUGUCCCUGUGUGUCCGCCAGCUUGUGGUCAAGCCCUUUAUUAUGGGGCUGGAGUAGUACCAGUUUCUUCAGGGCCUUUGGUAGUCUUAGUUUUAUUUAUUACAGUUGUUAUGAGGUAUGUUAAUUUUUGGAGACAACUUGUUCUCGCUUUUGCACAUUAGCAUUCACAGUUCCAAUGUAAUAUAAAUCCACCCUAUUUCAUGUAUGAACAAAUUUUAUAAAUUUGCAGAAAUUUCUACGCCAAAUAUUAAUUAUCCCGGACUUCAGUGGGCGGCAGGAAGUCAAUGCAACUUAUCGAAAUGGUUGCUAAUAGCACUAUGGUUCACCAUUGUGAAUAGAUAUUAGAAACAUUACUUAUACAACAACUUUAGGGGCCUAAUUUGUUUUUAACUCCUAUUAGAUGAUUAUUUUUGUAGUUAUGAAUAAUGAAAUUGAAUAAUUAUUAGAGCAUAAAAGUUUUAGGGGCCAACAAUAUAGUAGAUGUUGGCAAGGUACAAACUAACAUUCCAGAAAAAUACAUAGUGAUACAUAGCGAAAAAAUUAACGAUAUUACUAAUAGUUUGAGAUUUAUAUAUAUAAAUAUAUAUAUAUAUAUAUAUCCUUUUUUCAUAUAUCAGCACAACUGAUAUAUACGUGACAAAGUCGUAAAAAUACGUAAAAAAGUGAUUGAUGAUAAUAUUACGAACAUACAUCAGCCUUUAACAUAGUUUGUAGGAGUUCAAUUCAUACAAUUCAUACAAUUUGACACAUUCGAGACUGAUAUAUUUUGACAAGACCGUCCGUAGUGGCAGCUAACAUUUUUGCAGUUAUAAUAAGAAAUUAAAUAGCGUAAGAACAAGAUAAACAGAUUUUAAGAUUAUUUUCGUCUAAAAAAGCGUUACGGCCGAUAUAGUGGGUCAAUAGUUAUUGAAAUCUUUUUCAUACUAAACAGGUGAUGAAUCAUCACGUAAGUUGUAAGGGUAGAAUAAUAGUUGUUAACCCUCUGCACCCGAGUUUUUUGUCGAUUAAAUAACGACGCCAAAUAUUAUUUGUGCCUGGGAGAAGUACUUCCAGUAUAAAUGGUUAAUACUCCAAAAAAAUGAGCACAAUUAAUGUAGAGAUAGUUAUGAAAUCAUGAACAUAAAUAUUGUUAUUCCUGUUUUAUGUUUGUGAAAGUAUGAAGAAUCUACAACAGAAUAACUUUGCUAAAGUGCAUAUAUAAUAUAAGAAAAUUGUCUGUAAGUACUACGUAUAAUAAAUUUUUUCAGUAUUCCUUAA